AUGAUACGGCGUCCAAAACCUGGUGAAAAUGAAGAGGAUAUACUUCGCAUGCAAGCAGACUUCCUAAAAGAAAAGUCAAAAAAUGAAAAUAUGCAACCGUCGGCACAAGUUGUUAAUAUAUGUCGUACACAGCAUCAGACAACAAAAAGAACAAAUACUUCAUGUACGACUAUUAGAAAACCUUCAAAAUAUGCACAAUCGAAGGGGCUUACAAAUUACUCCGAAAAGCGGCCUCGUUUUGAGGAAAAUAAACCUAGUCUAGUUGGAGAUAUUUUAGAAAAGAAUAACGACAUAACUCAUAGCAAAGCUUCUCUAUUUGACGAUGAUAACGUUUAUUUUCCAAAAAUAUUACCAUUAGUUUUGGGUAAUAUUAUAGAAAAAAAUACUGAAGCAACCAUUGACUUGGAAUACAAAGUUUUUCCGGCACAAGGUUUUCCUAAUGUGGUCUCACAGAACCCGAGUCUAAGUACGAAAAAAACAAAGCAACAAGGUGAUCAAGUGAAAAAACAAACCAAUAGUCAUGAAAUGUUAUUAGAUGAUUCGUCUAUAAUUAUUGAAAGUAAUCAGCAUCUUAAUCUCCCAAAAAAAAGUUAUAUACUAACUAACAAGGCAGCAGAUGAACUUCACAUUGAAAAUGUAAAAGUUUUAAGUGGAAUGUCAGAAAAUGAAAUAUUAGAAGAAAGAAAAAAAUUACUUCAAAGCUUAAACCCUAAUUUGGUAGAUUUUAUCAAGUCUAAAAGAAAUCAACAAGAAAGGCAAUGUAUAGAAAAAGAAGAUGAAGCUAUGGAUAUAACUGAAAAUAAAAAAAGUAAUAGAGUUACAAUAAAAACUGAUGCUACGCCGGAAGAAGAUAGUAUAGAUUAUGGUAGCUUAUGGGAGAAUGAUGUUCUUUCUCAUCCAAAUAUUGACAAAUGGCUUCACUUUGAUAGCUUAGAGGUAGAUAAGUUAGAAUGGAUAAAAGGUAUUUAUGAUUGUAAGAUUAAGUCUAAUGAGCCAUAUGAGGCAAGGUUUGAUUUUAAUGGCUACCUUUUACCGUACACAAUGGAAUAUACUGAAAAGACUAAGAUCUUAUUUCAUCAUGGAGAAGAGUCUCAUAGGCCAGGGUAUUCAUUAACAGAGCUUAUUGAACUAUCAAGAUCAGGUGUUCCACAACAACGGGUAAUGUCAUUGAAUUGUUUGGCUGGUAUCUUAGAAUACUAUAAUGCGGGGACAUAUAAAAAUAUUAUAGAAAUUCCUUUAAGUAAGCUGUUCUUCAUUAUACGUAUAUCUAUGGAUGAAAAUAAACUUAUAAUUUUGGAACCAGCUUUAAAAGCUAUGAGAAAUUUACUAUAUAACAGAAUAGACGAAGCUUCCCUAGAUGCUAUAAUUGGCUUGAAAGAAGGAGCAAUUCAGCCAUGUUUAGAGAAUGAUAAGUCUGAGAUUGAAGAAAUUGAACUAAAAGAAUCGGAAAUAAAAGAUUUUCAUUUGGCUGAAAUUGACCUAAUUGCUGCUUUGAUAAGAACAGAUAUUCUACAAAGAUUGUUCUACAUUCUGGAUAAAAUAAAGCCUACUUUUAAUUGUGUACAGUAUUCUUUGCAAAUAUUAACUCGGUUAGCAAGAGAUUCGUUGGAAACUGCAAGUAAAAUAGUUCAGACUGAACAUUUGAUGAAUGCAGUGAUUAAUCACUUUGUACCAAUCUGCAGUGUCAAUUUUAUGUUUAAUCUAACCAUUGUAUAUAACAAACCAAUUUUAGCGGCUUUAAAGUUUUUACGUGUUUUAACAUUGACAUCUAAAGAAAUUGGUGAACAAUUAAUUAAAAAUUACAAUAUAUUGAAACCUAUAUCCAAGUAUAUCACCUCGGGAGUAGAUGGGACUUACGGAUUGAAGUUGCAGAUAGAAUCAUAUUAUAUAUUAUCUAAUUUACUGCAAUUUAAAUUGGGAAUAGAGCAUGCUAAGACACUGUGUCCAGUAGUGAUAACAACACUAUUUAAACAUGUACAAGGAACAAGCAUAUUCAUAAACUCAUCAGUUUUAUCUGCAACUCAUUGUGCAGUAGUUCUGCAAUUCAUUGGUGGUUUAAUUAACUGUGAAAUUAAUAUGGAUUUUAAAGCACAGAUUUAUCCAUUACUCAAAGAUGGAAUGCAGAAAUGGUUACUGCAUUUGACGCAACUUGAUGCAUAUACUUGUGGUCAUUUAAAAUUGGUGUGUUCCAUUUUAAAUUGUUUUGAAAAUGUUUUAAUAACUGACAACAUUGCUACUGAAAUGUUAAAUGAAGUUCUUCUUAAAUUAAGUAAAUCUCAAGGAUAUCAAAAGCUAACAAACAAUUUGAUACCUAGUUCAAAUUUAUUAUCAGGCAUAGAAGAUACAAAACUACAUUUCACAGAAAAUUUAGUUUCAUUGGGAACAUUAGUUAUUGAUUCAGAAAAAAAAAUUCUUCCCACAUUAAAUUCUGUUUCACCUUUUCCAGUUUUAGGAUCACUAUUUAAACUAUUGUAUGUUUUAAAUAAUAGGACUGUAUCACAAUCAUUUUUGGAGCGAAAGCUUUCCAUACUUACAACAAGUAACAAGUGCUAA